AUGUUCUUUAACACAUUCGUUCAGCACAUAAAAUCUGAGAAAUGCGCCCAGCUUGGCUUUUGGAAAUUGAUUAAAAUUGGUAUUCCGUGCAACCCUAUCCAUUGGUUUCAAUUCGCAGACGACGCAGCUGUCAUCAGCAGCCAAGAAAAUGAAAAUCAAAUUCUGCUCAAUCGUUUCACAGUAUGGUGUCAAUGGGCCAAUAUGAUAAUACGUGUUGACAAGUGCUCUUCAUUUGGAAUUAAAAAACGCUCAUCUAAGUCUAUCCAGUACCAACCUAAGCUGUUCGUUAAUAACCAACUUAUACCCCGUAUCGAACUCGGAGAAUCUUUCCGCUAUCUUGGUCGUUGUUUCGAUUUCAACAUGUCCGAUGAAAGACACAAAUCCGAAUUGUGUGAUCUGUUUAAUGAUAUUAUAUCGAAAAUUGAUAAAUUACCUUUACACCCCCGAAACAAAAUUCUUCUAUAUAGUCGCUACUUACUCUCAAAAAUCUCAUGGAACUUAACAAUAACCGAUAUAUCUAAAACUUGGAUUUGCGAAACUUUAGAUAACGUUGCUACCAAAUAUAUUCGAAAAUGGCUGGAACUCCCAAUAUCUGCAACCCUUAGCAAUGUGUAUCUUCCCCAAAACAAAUUUGGUUUGAAUAUCAUUUUGCCUUUGACGAAAUUUAUCCAAUGCCAAACUGUUUCUCGUUCAACUUUAAAAGCGUCUAUAAACGAAGACAUCAACAAAUUAUGGUCAAUAACAAGUACGAACAAGAAUAUUCAGUAUGAUAUAUAUAAAAAUACGAAGGAUGUCUUGAAAGCCUUUAGGAAUGAAAAUGAACAGAGACUACAAAACCACCUUAUCUCACAAGGUUCUUUCUUCUCAAGUAUCAUCAAAAACUCCACGUCAUGA